GGCGAGGUUCGAUCCAUCCUAAACCGGGCCAGGACGCUUACACUGCAUUAUUGGCGCCGUCUGUGGGACUUCUUGUUCGAAAAGUUGUGUUUGAAGCUCAGCUAUGGCAGACGGAAUUCCCAGAACCAACUUGCAGUCGACGUUCGAUGACGCUUAGACGACGACCAGACCGAUUGGGCAAGGCCCUCCUCCGGGUUUCUCUGGCACUUCGCAGACGUCGGUUACUCCCACACCCGUCCUUCAAGGUGUGGGAGCAUCGACGGCGGUUCCCGGAGGAGAUGCAAGCUCCAGUCCUGCCUAGGAGGCUCGCGCAGCAGCAGCGGCGGCGAUGCCACCGCCGCCGCCCCAAAACCCAGUGGUGGCGCAACCUCAUGCGUCCCGGUGAGAAAGAGGGUUGUACCUGGGAGAGGCUCAAGGAGCUAAUUCGCGAGAAGUACUAUCCCACUUAUUAUAGAGCAGAGAUGGAGCAUCAGUUUCUGUCGCUCAAGCAGGGUACUCGUUCUGUUGAUGAGUACGAGAGGGAGUUUACUAAACUUGCAGCAUUU